AUGUGCAAUAAUAUGCUGUCACUUUGUGGUUCUGAGUACAGCGUGCGUGUGCCGCACUUGCCAACAUCGAGGAUUAAAUCAUUUGACUCCCUGAACACUCAGAGUCGCUCCUCCAAACUGCUGCCGCCUCAGUACCGCAGCCUGGACAUGUCGGAGGGCAGUGGGUGUGGCCACUUGCUGGUUAAAGCACGCUUUGCCUUUCAGCAGACCAAUGAGGACGAACUCUCGUUCUCCAAAGGCGACAUCAUUAGCGUGAGCCGGCAGGAGGAUGGAGGUUGGUGGGAAGGCUCACUCAAGGGCAAGAGUGGGUGGUUUCCCAGUAACUACGUCCGGGAGCUGAAAGGAAGUGACAAGACGUCAGACAAGCCAAAGUCUGGAACACUGAAAAGCCCCCCCAAAGGUUUUGACACCACUAUCAUCAGUAAGACCUACUACAAUGUGGUCCUACAAAACAUCUUGGAAGCAGAGAGUGAAUUUUCGAGGGAGCUACAGAGUCUCCUGGGCACUUACCUGCGCUCCCUUCACCCCACUGACAGACUCCCAGAGAGCCAGCAGAGGAUUGGGGGCUUCUACCAGAAUCUGAUGCCCCGGAUAAAGGUUCUCUAUGUGGCCUACUGCUCCAACCAUCCGUUUGCUGUCAACGUCCUCACCCAGCACAGUGAGGAACUGGAGAAGUACAUGGAGUCAAAGGGGGCGCCUCCUCCUGGGAUCCUGACUCUGACCACUAGUCUGAGUAAACCCUUCAUGAGACUGGAUAAAUUCCCAAUGCUGCUGAAAGAACUGGACAGGCACAUGGAGGACCAGCACCCUGACAGCGCUGAUCUUCAUGCUUGCAUAGUGGCGUUUAAAAGCUUUGCAGCUCAGUGUGAGGUGGUGAGGAAGAAGAAGGACCGGGAGUUGCAAAUUUUAACAGAGCCAAUCAGGAACUGGGAGGGGGACGACAUCAAGACUCUCGGACCCAUUCUUCACAUGUCCCAGGCCAUGGUCCACACACAGAGCUGUCAGGAUUUAAGUGAGCGUCAUCUCGUUCUCUUCCCUCACACCCUGGUCAUGCUCUCUGCCAGCCUUAGAAUGAGUGGAUUCAUCUAUGAGGGGAGGAUGCCAUUGUCUGGAAUGCUCAUCUCAAGAAUAGAAGGCGGAGAAAAGCUGAGGAACGCUUUUGAAAUAUCUGGCGGCCAGUGUGAGCGGAUGCAGGUGGCAUGUUACAGUCAGCAGGAUCUGCAGGACUGGCUGGAUCUUCUCACCAAACAAACACACACUCCAGCUGCCCAGGCACACUUGCACAAGCCUCAGUCCGUCUGCCACACAUUGCCCUCUCAUCCCGUCACUCCCUCCAGACACUCAGAGUCUUGUGGAGGGAGCACUGGACACACCUACCACACCCUUCCUUAUCCGUCUUCAUGUGGGACGGCCCACAGCAGCAGCCCGAUGUGGGGGCCACUUGAGCCUCCAAGCACCCCCCAACCCUGGAGCCUGAGCUGCCUCCGUCCUGCGCCUCCACUCCUGCCCUCAGCUGCUCUCUGCCAGAAGGAGGAUACGAGUAGUAAGAGUCCCAAGAACAUGAAGAAGCUGCUCCCUAAGAGGAAGCCGGAGAGGAAACCUUCAGAAGAGGACUUCACUGUCAGAAAAAGUACAGCAGCUCUGGAGGAGGACGCUCAGAUACUGAAAGUGAUCGAGGCCUACUGUACCAGUGCCAAGACACGACAAACUCUCAACUCCAGUUCCAGCAGGAAGGAUGUGCACAUGUUGUUUCCAGAGGAGGAGAAGAUUAUCGUGGAGGAAACCAGGAGCAAUGGACAAACUGUAGUGGAGGAGAGGAGCCUGGUGGAUACUGUGUACAGUCUGAAAGAUGAAGUGCUGGAACUCAAACAGGACAACAAGAGGAUGAGGAGGACGCUGGAGGAGGAGCAGCGAGCGAGAAAGGAGCUGGAGAGGGUUGUCAGGAGAGUUCUGAAGAGCAUGAAUGACCCGACCUGGGAUGAGACUAACCUCUGA